UUUUCAGCUGCCUUUAUUACAUAAAGGAGGCUUAAUGGGUUCCUUCCAGUGGCCCUGAAAGGGGGCUUGGCAUACCCAUUGACUAACAAGGUCUGUGACUGUUUCAGGAUCAAAGACUCACUUGCUGUCAUUAGCAACUUCCUGCAUAACACUAUUGUAGCCUUAUCUAUAGUGCCCAUUAGAAAUGGUCAAAACAUGGGAUGAAAUUAUCACCUUCCCCAGCUGAAUUUUGAUGAAAAAUUGGAACACACUUUUUAAACUAGUUGUAGCGUACAUCAACAUGGUAUCUCAAUGUUCCAACUAAAGAACAAGAACACUCCCAUGCGAUCUGCAUGUCCAAUCAAAACUAACCAACACAGAUGAAAUUUGGAAUAUUGCGUGCUCAUGAUUAACUGCCAUGAACUAUGUACAGAUGGUGGAAACUGGUAACUGGUAGAAAUGGGAGAAACUGUCCUGCAAAUGAUUUAAAAAAAAAUUCAAUAUGUAAGAAUCCCUGAUCUUUAGCGGAACUUGCAUUUGUGGCCUGGAGGUCAGAUAUUUUCAGCAAGUCUUUUUAGAUGUACUGAAUAGUCUCCUUUAGGCCAUAUCAUGUACCUUAGAAAGAUCGACUUAGAGACAAAGAUGUAAUUUCAACAAGAGUAUCAUAAACUACUAUUUUUGGUGUAAAAAAAAAAAACCAAAACACAAAAAACCCCAGAACACCAACAGGAAACAUCACAGGCGGAUAAAACGAUAAAUAUAUAGAGUCACUGCCGUCUUCAGACUUCCUUUGAAACGUAAGCGUCAACACUCUCCACCAACAUACACCGUCUUCCAGUAAGUGACUAUUUUCUCUUACUUCAGAUUGGAAGAGGAACAUAUAUGGAGGGUAGAACAAAAUACAGACCAUCUUACAUCUCUUAAAAAUCCACUGGUCUGAAAGAUUCUAUUACUUCUGGAGGCAUCCCCUAUCUCUAAAAUGGGAAUUCUAUCAGACCAGGAGAGGUGAGAUCCAUGCACAGAAGGUCUAUUCAAUGCACAGAAGAGAGUGAUGUGAUCUGGCCCUGCAUUUUUUUCUCCCUUUUCCAGCUCACAGGAAAAAAAACUUUCUUCCCUGAGAGGGUAUUGAAACAUCAACGGGAACAUCAGCUGUGCCUGGAACAGUAGCCUUUAAAAAGAAGACUACAUGGAGCUUCCAGAUUGUUAUUACCCAGACCUUAACCUUACGUGCAACGAUUACAAUGAGAAUGAACAUUUUCUCAGGGCCAGCAAAAUCUUUCUGCCCUGUAUGUAUGCAUUUGCUUUUGCCUUCGGGCUGAUAGGAAAUUCUUUGGUCCUUAUCAUAUACAUUUUCUGUGAGAAACUGAAGACGUUGACAGAUGUAUUUUUAGUGAGCUUGGCUACAGCAGACUUGCUUUUCCUUUCCACCUUGCCAUUCUGGGCAUAUUCUGCUGCUCGCGAGUGGAUUUUUGGCUCCUUGAUGUGUAAAAUUAUACGGGGCCUGUACACUUUGAAUCUGUACACUUCAAUGUUAACACUCACUUGUAUAACUAUUGACAGAUUUAUUGCUAUUGCCCAAGCCACAAAAGCCCACAUGUGUCAAGCCAAAAGAAUGGUUUGGGGGAAAGUGAUCUGCAUUUUAGUUUGGGUGAUUUCACUAGCAUUUGCAACGCCACAAUUUAAAUACAGUACACAAUCAAACUAUGAUAAGUCAGUCUGUCAUGCAGUGUAUCCUUCAGAUCUCACAGAAUUGGUUUUUAAAGUACUUCAAAUGACCCUUGGAUUCUUUAUCCCCAUGCUAACCAUGAUUAUCUGCUACUCAAUAAUUAUCAAAACUUUACUUCGUGCCAGGAGUUUCCAAAAACACAAAUCCUUAAAAAUAAUAUUUUCUAUAGUAGUGACGUUCAUUCUUACUCAGUUACCCUACAAUUUGUUGAUACUCAUACGCAAUAUACAUGUGGAAUUCAACCUGGACUACAAUUUCGACUCUGCGGUGGUUAUAACAGAAGCAAUUGCUUAUCUCCAUGGCUGUCUCAACCCUGUUCUAUAUUUCUUUAUUGGGGUGAAGUUCAGGAAGAACUUCCAGAAAAUCAUCAAGAACAUCAGAUGUGUUAAGCGCCAAGGUAUUGUGAAGCAAUGGCAAACCACUGAAGAUGAGGGCUCGAAAACUUGUACUGCCUCACCCAAUGUAGAAGCAACAAGCAUGUAUCCAUUAUAAAAACUGCAUAGAGGGUCUCAGCUUUGUUAAUUUUUUAAAAAUGUACUCACAUUAUGACAGGGCUUAUGUAACAGCCACAUGAGACUGAUAUAGUAGAAGCAGGCUCCGUGUAAGCUUCCCAACACAUCCAAUGCAUCUCAGUCCUGACAUUGUAGCACUCCUGUUAUUCCUGAGCAAAGACUGGUAACUGGGUGAAACUCUGCAUUAGUUUUAUGAUAGGUAUACAUAAAGGUUUGAGGAUGAGAUCAUCCAACUCUUUCAUGUGUGAUCUAAGGCUGGGUUUGAACUUAGGGUUGCAGCGAUAGAAAGCUAGUGUAUCAGCCCUCUGGGCAAGUUAACCUCCCAGGAGGGAUGUUUGUAAGCAGAAAAGACAUUUAAGAGCUUUGUUUUAAAGAUGCUAAGUGAAUAGUUGUAGUUCGUUGUGACUUUAGCCUGACUUUUAUAUUAAAAUGUAAUUUGUUUAAAUGCUCAA